UCCCACGGUGGCAAGAGAGAAACUGCUCCCGGUUGUAGAUAUUUGCCAACAACUGGAAAAAAUACAUCAAAAAAAACAAUAGCUCAGCAUGGACAGGAUCCAGAACCUAAACCGCGCGGAAACCUUCUCCUACAUCAACCCCUGGAUUAGAUACUUCCUCUUCUUCUUCAGCUUGUUGUUCUGGGUUUUCUCCUUGUUGAUUGUCAUGAUAGGUGUGUAUGCCAAGGUGCAGAAAGCAACAGACACCGUGAGGGACACCUUCCUCAUCGACCCGGCCGUCGUGCUCAUCGCGGUGGGGGUGGUCAUGUUCUUCAUCACCUUUUGCGGCUGCGUCGGAGCUCUGCGGGACAACAUCCGUCUCCUGAGAGCGUUCUCCUUCAGUCUGACCCUGGUCUUCCUCACCCAGCUGUCCAUAGCAGUCCUGGGGUUCUUUUACUCGGAUCAGACGCGCCAUGCUGUGGGGAAAUUUGUGAAGAAGGCCAUAGUACACUACAGAGAUGACUUGGAUCUACAGAACCUGAUGGAUUACAUACAGAAAGAGUUUAAAUGCUGCGGGUGGAACGACUACACCGACUGGUCGUGGAACCUCUACUUCAACUGUACAGAGGGGAACCCGAGCACGGAGCGCUGUGCCGUGCCCUUCUCCUGCUGCACCCCCAUCCCAGGAGAGGCCGUGAUCAACACCAUGUGUGGCUUCGGCGUCCAGGCGCAGAACUCCUUGGAGGCCGAUAGGUCCAUCUACCCCGUCGGCUGUGCAGACAGAGCCGUGGUUUGGAUCGAGUCCCACCUGCUGCUGGUGGGAGCUCUGACCCUGGGUCUAGCCCUCCCCCAGAUCGCGGGCAUUGUGCUGUCCCAGAUCCUGAUCACCCAGAUCCAGGACGAGAUCAGCGCUGUGUUGUGAGGCCCCGCCCCCGGACACCGGGGAGGAAGCGGGAUAAAGGGAGGAGCGCAGACCUGACAGCAACCGGUGACAUCUGUAGAGGAAGUCUUGUUUUCCCCUGUCACCCCCACCGCUAACCGCUUUCAAGUACAAUCUCUCCUUGUUUAUUGUGCUGUUGCCGUGGGGACACCGGAUGGUACGGGUCAUGAGCAGUGGGAAGAAGCUACAACCGUGAGUCCAUAGAGCGGAAGGUGAAAACGUUUGACUUUAUUGAUUUGGUAUUGGUAUUUGGUAUCGAUUGGUUUUCAUUGUAUUUUCAGAACUUAUGUUUUUUUUUACCUGGGAAGUAUUUAAUUGUUCAUGUGAUUUAUUUGAGCGGCACACACUUGUUCUUUUAAGAAAUGUUUUUUUGAAACAUUGUUUUGGGGUUAAUAACAUCCUAGCAUUAUAGUGGACACAGUACAGGUACAUUUAUUUUUGUCAGAGCAUUUUCAUUUAUUGUUUGUGGAAUUCCUGCAAAUAUGUAAAAAAUACUUCUAAAAUGAAUGUCUUACCAUAGCUUUAAGAGGUAUUAAAAAUGCA